AUGGGCAUCUCUGCACAAAAUGUGGACAUAUGCAGGCACUCCGGUGCUACUGUCACCCCGGCGCUCUGCUGCGGCUAUGCUGAAGAACUGGAUAGCCGGAGAGUCCUCUACGACUUAGAGGGUCGCACCUCCCUCUCCAGCCAUAGUAACGUUGAAGCCUCAACAACAUUUGAAAACGCGUAG